AUGGAGUCUGGAGGAGACGAGAAGGUACGUCAGCCCACCUCAAAUGAUGAGCAGAAUAGGUCCAUGUCUAACAUGGUAAAACAGGAGCAACCUUUACCUUAUCCUGGAAAGGAGUGUCCUGGAAACAACACCUCACUGCCAAGUGAGGAUGGUAAAUGUAAUGAGCCGAUUGCCAUGGCGGUUGUCACAGACGACACGGAAGUUGAGAUAAGCCAAAAGAAUAAAAAACUCAAUGACGGUGUGUGUAAAAUUCUGAUAAAGAAUGAGGCUGUUGAGAAUGCACUGAAGGAACGACCAGAAGAGGAAAUGAAAGUGUCUAUAGAUGAAAUUGGGGAAGAUGGACCUUCUAAUACAUAUUUGAACUUAGGGAUGCCCCUGAAAUGUCUGCCAAGGAAUUCUCAACUCCAUAUUACAUUUUUCAAAAGCAACGAGGAUCAGGACAAUUUGCAAAAAUACAGUAUCAUAAGACUAAUACUUGGUCUUAGUAUUGACCAAGAAUGCUUCACGUUUUAUAUUUCUGGGACGGGGAUGGAGAUAAAAAAAAUCAUUAAAUGCGAAUAUGGUGCCCAAAAAGAUGGCGAUCUUUUGUUCUUUGCCACUGCAGGAGACACUGUAUGUGAUGCCCUGCGCAAAGAUGGUAGAUUUCUUCCCUGGGGGACAGAUGACAAUCGGACAUUAGUCAAAGACGGAAUGAACUAUAUGAAAACUUACCCCGUGGAAAAAGUAGCAAACCAGAAAUUCACAAUAGCACGUGAUAAUGGAAGUGAGGAGGAGGAGAAAAAGAAGGCAACACGCGAGUGCAAACAAAAACCCCAUUCAAAGGAACAGCCAGAUCACCUUGAUGCCACCCAGGAAGGUGCACAGUCUCCCACUGCUGAUGAGAAGUUUCUGAAGCCAGAGAGGCCAAAGAGAACCAGGAAACUAACUCCUGCAAGAUCUAAGCCAGAGCAAGGCCAGUUGAUUUUUAAAAAGGACAUCUUAGAAGCAUGUACCUUUUUCACAAGGGAAAAUAGCUUGAUUAGUCAUUUCUUUCAGACAGAGGAAGAAAAGGUUAGGGAACAAGGCAUUGAGUUAUUUAAUCUACAUCAAGAAAAACUUGGCAAAGAAACUGAGGAUGCCAUGACAUCCAAAAACGUUAAGACAUUUGCUACUUUACUUGACUCCGUUGGAUAUAUACAUGUGAACUACAAUGGACAAAGUGUCUCUGGUACUUGCUUUGUCUUUUGGGACAGGUACAUUCUUACUUGUCGACAUGUACUAGACUUGAUAAUUACACAAGUGAAAGAACCAAACUGGGCUCAGGCAAUUAGUGAAAAUUCAUUUGUGACUUUCACUGAUGAAAACCCUUUCGAGUUCCCAAAAAGAUACGCUAUUGAGGCCUGGUUUGAAGUCUCAAGUAUUCCUCUUGACUACGCCGUCUUACGACUGAAGGGAAAUGAAAUUCCUAAAGGUUUAUUUAAGCAGAAGCAGAACACUGAAACGCCCCGUGAUGGCACAGUUUUUAUUAUUGGACACCCAGAAGGACAGGUGAAGAAAAUGGACAUCUGUAUGGUGAUCCCUCUGGCAGAAAGGGAAAAUGCAUGCCAGACAGUUCUCCAGGAUAGGAAGAAGCCAGAAUGUAAUCCUACAAACUGUCCGGAAAAUAAGACAAACUGUGUCCACAUGUUCAGCCCCAAGAGUUUCAGAGAACACAAAGUGAUGGAUUCUGAAGAUUUCUUGACCUACCGCAGCAGCUUCUUCUUUGGGUCCUCUGGCUCGCCAAUACUGGAUGCAUCUGGUCGCCUGGUUGCCUUACAUGCUGGUGGCUUCUCAUAUACAUAUCAGCAACAGCAACAGAGCAUCAUUGGAUUUGGCUAUUCUAUCAAUUCCAUUCAUGAAGAUAUGGUGCACAAUCAUGGAAGUUGGUAUAAUUUAUUAUUUCCAUACCAACAGGAUGUAGAAAUGGAGAGCUGUGAUGAUUCUCCACAAGGUUUUUGCCUUCAAGGAAGAUGCCUCUGAUGCUUUCUGCAAUCUGAGGGAGAAGACUGUGGUUUCCCAAGACUUAAACCAGGGUCUGUGCCCCGGUACUGAUUAGAGCUCUUUCAUACACUCCCAUUCUCAUGGACACAUAAUUUCUUAUGGAAGAUUGAUGACUGACAUUUACUUAGCACCUUAAGGGUUGCAAAACCCCUUCUAGAAAUUAUCUCCCCUGAGCCUCACAAUGCUGUGAUGUGGGUAUCUAAAAACCCGAGGCUGGAAGAAAUAGUACACGGUUAUAGGCUGAUUGGGUUCGGAGACUGGGGUUCAAAUGCCAGUUUUCUUGACUUCAAGUCAAUUACCCCUCCAUACCUCACGCUGCUUCUCCAUUUCUGAAACAGCAAGUGAUGAAAAUGCCCAACAAUCCUCCUCCGUGUUCCUCUGGCUCCUGGUGACGUCAAAAACUGAAGAAUACUGACAGCCCAUUGGAUAGACUUGCUCUGGGGCUCUAAAGAAUAAUAGAGACCAGAUGUGGGAGGGAUGAGCAGGUGUGACUGGCUUGUGGUUUAGAUCAUUGGAGGGACCCCUCAUCAAUUUCAUAGAUCCCCUGAAGACCUAAAUGAUUGAAAUAUAUCUGGGAUAUUACUGUACCUUGUGGGCUUUCUCCUGUUCUUAUUUUUUACUCAGUUCAAUUAUUUUUCCUGUUAUAAAUAUUCUCAAAAAUAUCUUUUUUUUUUUUACUACUUCUACCCUGAAAAUAGUGUUUGUCAAGAGAUUAUGAAACAAUAAAAACA